AUGGCGCUGACACUGCCAGUCCCGGCCAGUCCGCACUUGGCCCGCAGCUUGCAGCCCAUGCGGCAACGUUGGCAGCGCCGCAACGACCCCCCUCCUGCGACCUCGUCCGACACGGCCGAAGGGGGGAAAAAGAGGCUUGCAAGCAUAGCGGUGAUCGGUGGAGGCGUGGCCGGCCUGGCCUGCGCACGGCGCCUAGGAGCUCUGGGUUUGAAGGCCACGGUCUUCGACACCGGGAAGCGAGGGCCCGGGGGCCGCGCCUCCUCUCGCACCUGGCGCGGCCAGCUCUGUGACCAUGCGAGUCAGUUCGUGACAGCCACGGACAAAGACUUCGCGGAGAUGCUCGCGUCGUCAGGCGCUGUGCGGCCCUUCGGGAAGGAUGGCCGUUUUGGGACGCUCAGCAAAGCGAACUUCGAGCCGCUACAAGACGGCGUCGAGCGCUGGAUCGGUCUUGAGGGUGUGGGUGGCAUCGUGCGGAUGCUCGCCGAGGGCCUGGACAUUCAGCAGGCCCGGAAUUUGAGCAGAACAAAUCAGUGA